GCGCUGCUACAGCUCCAGGGCGCCGCUCUGGCCGCGGCCUCCUCUCUAUGGCGGCGGCAGCGGACGCCAGUGAGUCCUCUCCUCUCCACCACGUGGGUCUUCCCUGGCGCGGAGGUUCCCAGGUAGCAGUACUCAAGGGACGCAAGUGGCAAGAUGGAGUCUCUCCCGGCCUUUCUGGGGAGCCUGCGGCGUUCUGUGAGGUCCUCUUUUGUUGCUGGCAGCCUCAGCCAUUUCCAGCUCCGGCAGCAUUUUGCCACGUGGGGGAAGCCACUGCCCCCCGAGAACGAGCCCUCCAGCGAGGCUGGGCGCAAAACGGUUCCUCCCUCGCCGCUCAGCUGUGGGCUUGGACCAGCCAAAGACGAGGCGGCCGGCUGCCUGUGUGUGCAGCCACGAGAGAUUCGCCGAAGUGGCAAGGAAGCCCCGCGUCGGAACGAGCCCUAGCGGAACUGCCACGCAGCCUUGGAGCCCUCCCACGAGGAGGAACUCAGGAACUUGAGGAACGAUGACUUCCCCCGACUGAAGGCCGGAUCCUGGCAGCCCCGGCCUCCCCCCGUGGAAAGGACCCAAGGCUGCGAGGUCUUGUUUGGGGCGGCCCCCUGCUCCUUGGCGCUGGCCAGGGCCAAAAGGAGCUUUGGCAGGCUGUUUCUCAAGGCCCGCCGCAACAGCCCACCGCCCGCCAUGGAAGGAUUCGCCCGGCGGGCCGCGGAGCUGGGGAUUCCCGUGCAGCAGGUCCACAGGAAGGUGCUGGAUGCCCUUUGCAAGGGUGGGGCCCACCAAGGGGUGUGCCUGGAGGCCACGGCCCUCCGCCCGACAGACUGGCGGAAGAGGCCCGCCCCGGAGGCCGAGGAGACUGCUGCUUACCGGGGGUCGCAGCUCCUCUGGCUGGCCCUGGAGGGGAUACAAGACCCCAUGAACUUGGGGGCCGUUCUGCGCUCUGCGCACUUCUUGGGGGUCCACGGGAUCGUGAUGAGCCAGAGGAACAGCUGCUCCCUGACGCCCGUGGUCAGCAAAGCCAGCUUGGGAGCCUUGGAAGUUCUGGACGUCUUUAGCACUGGUGAUCUCCCGGGCCUGCUCCAGAAAAAAUCCGAUCAAGGCUGGGAAGUCCUGGGGACAGCCGGCCCCGCGAAGGCCCAGGGCAACCCCCCCUUGGUGAGCUGCUUAGAUUUCCGCUGGACGAGACCCACCAUCUUGUUACUUGGGAAUGAAGGAGUUGGGCUGUCUCCCGAGACCCGGCGCUGGUGCCAGAAAAUGCUGACCAUCUCCCCCAGAAGAGAACUGCCCCCUGGGAUCGAAUCGCUGAAUGUGUCGGUGGCUGCCGGUACGUCUUCCUCCCCUUGAACCCCUCACUCGUUGCCGCCGUUGGCGUUGGCGAAAGCAGCGGCCCCGAGGGCGACGCUCUUCUCAGAAGGGGUUUCUGAGAUAUAAUUGUCUUUGUAAUGCAACUUUUUUUUAAAAGAUCACCCUUGCGCCUCCACGUCAUGAAGGAGAAUGUUCCCCUGCUAACUGAACAUAAGAGGCACCUUUUUAAAAGUGGCGAUUCUUUAUAUUUAGCAGGGGGAGAGCAACUGGCCCUCUCCGUCCCCAGCACAGCAUCCCUCCAGUGGCUGCUGCUGGUGUCUCUCUCAUGUUUCUUUUUUAGAUUGGGAGCCCUUUGGGGGACAGGGAGCCAUCUUCAAUUCUAUUUAUUCAUUUAUUUAUUUAUUUGUAUCUUUGUAAACCACUUUGGGCACUUGGGUUGAAAAGCGGGAUCUAAACUUUGUAAUGGCUCUUCUGAAACUCUGGUUCCAUCAGCAAAGCAUCGUCUCCCAAACCCCCUUGUUGGCCUUCUGGGGCCCUGGCUCAGAUGGGUCCGUCUGCGGAGUCUUCCUUGCAUCUCCUGGUUCUAAGAGUUUUCUCGGGAGAUGUGGACAUUUCUCUACCUGCCACCCUGGAAAGCUGCUGCCAGUCCGUGCAGAUCAUGCUUAGCCAGAUGGAGCAGGGUCUGACUCAGGCUGGCAGCUUCCGGUGCAGCUCUGUCUGGGAGAACCUGGCAGAACAGAGCUAGCCCUGGAUGUGUUUCAUCUUUUGAGGAGAUGACAAUGGCUCGGUCGGCCAACAUCUUGCUGGCCUCCCCUGGUUUCUCUUUGAGACGGCUUUGCAGAAGGACCGCGGCCAGACAUGUGUACUGCUGCUGCUGCUGUUGUUUUCUCUCUCUCUGACCAUCCUACCUUGGCACUCAUUCCACACCCCCACGCCUCUUGCUUCACUUGGGCGAGGUCCGGGUGUGAGAGUCCCGUCAAGAAGCAUCAGAAGACAUUUCCCGGUGGAGGGGGUCCUGCCGCUAAUUCACAGAACAAUUUUGUUUUCCAAAGAAAGAAAGAAAGAAAAGAAAAAGUGCUGUUAAAUUCAGAGCCAGAUGCAGCGAUGACGGGUGCGGAGAGAAGGGUCAGGGCUGCGAAAUGGAACCUAAUUGCAAAGGCAUCAAGGUGCCAAUUAUGAAUUGCUGGGCGUGGGGGGGGGGACUUUGUGGGGACUUAACAUAUGGUGGUGAGCCUGGUGAACGUUGGCUUAUUUUCUUUAAACCCAUGACUCCUGCCAGCGGCGUGUUAAUGAACUGGCAACCGUUUGUGUGGGCUGAAGGCGCUGGAUCGUGGUGUAGUGGUUAGAGUGCUGGACUAGGACCGGGGAGACCCGAGUUCAAAUCCCCAUUCAGCCAUGAGACUAGCUGGGUGACUCUGGGCCAGUCACUUCUCUCUCAGCCUAGCCUACCUCGCAGGGUUGUUGUGAAAGAGAAACUCAAGUAUGUCGUACACCACUCAGGGCUCCUUGGAGGAAGAGCGGGAUAUAAAUGUAAAAUAAUAAUAAUAAUAAUUGCCACUGAUCCCCUCACUCCGCAGGCAGCCAAACAAUGGGACCCUGAGACUUCGUAGCACUUAUUAAACGAACCUCACGUGUCUGGAAUCAUGCUUCCUGCUAACCAAGCCAAAAGGCACCUUUUUAGAGUGGUGAUAGUCUUUCUUGAGCGGGGGGUGGGGGAGCAACUGGCCCUCUCCGUCCCCAGCUCAGCAUCUCUCCCGGGGCUGUUGCCAGUGUCUAUCUGAUGUCUCUUUCUCUUUUAGAUUGCGAGUCCUUUGGGGGACAGCGAUCCCUCUUAUUUAUUUAUUUUAUCUCUCUGUAAACUGCUUUGGGGACUUCUGUGGCAAAGCAGCAGUCUCUAAAUGGUUGCUGCUGCUGCUGCUGCUGCUGCUGCUGGGUGUUUUCUCUGCCCCCUGUUUACAGCAGCCCUAUAAGGUAGCCCGUAGCCCAAGCCCAAACUGACAAGGGCAGAGAGGCUGGGAGGGGGCAUGGUGCCCGGGAACUCUUGUGGGAUAGACGGACUCCCAGCUGCCUCUACCGUCCUGACAUUGGUCCCUGGCCUGCGCUGGUCUGUGAGCCUAGUAAAGGCACUGGCUGGACUGAUCCCUGCUCUGUCUCUGUUCUGUCCCAGCCAGGGUUGCCUUGCCCGGAAGCCCCUGCAGUCAGAGAAGGGCAUGCGGCCUUUAUUACCAGCCCAAACCCCGACCCACAAGCAGCAGACAGGUGUCUUUCGGGGAUGGGCUGGCCUUCUGCAAGCUCCGUUGGCCUCUCCCCAGAGACUCUGGGAGCUGGGUCUCAGAGCCAGGAGUGGCUGCGUGGUUCCCUUCGUGGGCCUGACGCGCAUGACCACUACGGGCCCAUUUCCCACCAGACAGCUGCUGCUAUAUUGCGAGCCGCUGGCUGCCGACAACAGUUUUUCCCCAAGCGUAUUCUUUUAGCUCACUACCCUCCGUUUCUACAUGUCGGCGGUGAUGUGGCUCUUAAUUUAACUGAUAUUUAACUGAUAUAUUAACUGAUAAUAAAUGAUAUUGAAAUAAAUAAAUAAAUAAAUAAAUAAAUAGAACCACUUCCAUGGCCCCCAUCUCAAUUGCAUCCAAAUUAUUGCCCCUUCCUUCCCCCUCUCCCCAAGGCUUGGUUAACUUGUCAGAAGAAGGUUACGGGGUUAUUAGAAGUGGGGUAUUUCCCCCCCUUUUUGAGUGGGUGUCAAAACAGAUGUGAAUGAAACUUCCUUCGAUUUUCAAAGGCUGCCUGGGGAAUAUUGUUAACUAAUUAUUGAAAACAGAAGGGGGGGGGUCCUCUUCUGCAUUUGGGAGCUGCGUGGCCCUCCUCUCCACAGCUGAGUAUUUAAUUAGGGCUGAUUGUGGUUAGCAUGUUCAAUAACUACUCAUUAGAAAGGGGAGGGACCCACUGAUCCAGCAUCGCCUGGGGCACAGAAGAACGGAGGGUGUUCGUAAUUAAGGAUGCAAUUUAUUUUAGGAAGCCAUGUGUACAGAAGCAAAUGCUUUCGCUUAAUUUUUCAAGGUUAAAGGGUAGAGCAAUUUGGGUUUUGGUUUCUCAUCUACGGUCAGCAGAGCCUCAGCUUGAGACCCACCCAACUUUGCACAAGCUUUGAAAAGAACUCUUCAGUGGCUGAAUCCCACUUCAGGAAGAGACUGGGGGGGGGGAUUAAGAAGACUCCUCUCCUGCCUCCUGGUUCCACUUUGGCCAUCUAGAUACCCCUAGAAGUUCACAAGCAGGACACGAAGGUGAUGGAUGCCAAGCCUCAUUCGUCUUCAUCAUCUUCAGAACUUUGCUCCUGGCCAUGGAGGCUCCAUGAAGCUUUCAUGGCAGCCACCGCCAUGGAGAGAGCUCUGGUCCUCCAUAGGCCCUUUCCUAAUCCUUUUGGAAAAGACGUCUGUGAUGCUGCCCUUCACCACAAUUUGUCACCCCAUCUGAACCAGAGAUGUAAUGACACUGAAAGCGAUGUAAAA